AUGAAUACAGGGCCUCUAUGUCAGCCAGAUAGGGUCCUACGGCGCCUAUUUGAGCUAACAAAUCAAGCAAGAACGGAAUAUGGGCUCCCUGCAUUAAAUUAUUCUAAAGAACUUUCCUUUAUUGCUGGAGAACAUGCAAUUAAUAUGUCCAAGAAUAGUAUUCCAUUUGGUCACUACGGAUAUAAUUCCAGAGAGGCAAUGGCUCCUACUACAUUAGCAUUUUCUGAAAAUGUUGCAACUUGCGAACCAAAUGAUGAUCCAGGUAAAACAAUUAUUUUAUCUUGGCUCAGAAAACCUUCAUCUUUCUCUCGUAUACAAGGUGAAUAUACUCAUACUGGUAUUGGAGUUGCUGAAAACGCAAAUGGCUCAUGGUUUUGUACUCAAAUUUUAGCAACCAUUAAGUCCAAACUAUCCAAAAAGGAGUCAUUACUAGCUGUUACAAGAUAUGUUAACUGUUACCGUAGGAAAAAUAGCGUUAAACCCUUGAUUGUUUCGAUUACAGCAGCAUCAAAGUUAAUGAACUUAAAGCUUUCAAACCCAUCAUUAUUCAACGACUUAUCUACUCUUAUUAUCAAGAAUACCUUUGAUAAUUGCCAAGAAGCAAAUUACAUUUUCGAGAAAGUUCAUAAAGGAGAAACUUCGCCUGUAGAUGAAUUUAUCAGAAUAAUUCGAGAGAGUAAAAUGUAUCCAAAGCUAAUACUCAGAGAUUAUACUCACGUUUCAUUUUUAAUUGAUAAUAUCAACGAAAAUACAUACGGGUGCAUUCUCCUUCUUGGAAAAUGCAUAACUCAUCAUCAAAAGAUACCAAAGAUGUAUAUGGGUUAUCCAAAUGCAUCCAAAAUGUUAAUGAUUUUGAAUGAUUAUCGUUCCAUCAAAGGAAUGAAGCCAAUUUUAUUAUCUCUUCAAUGGUGUGAAGUUGCACAACGAUAUUGUGAUAAACUCCGUAAAGAAGAUAUAGAUAUGGAGACCAAAACAAUAACUCAAAAGAUUCAUAAGAUUUCUCCUAAUUCAAAACCAAAUGUUGGGGUUUUUCUUACACCAUGGUCACAGGAUCCAUUACAAGAGAUAUUUCUUAUGUGGAUAUCGAAUCCAACAAUCAAAGAAAUUAUUAUUUCUUCUGAGUGCAAUGCAUUGGGAUUCGGACUCUCCAUUGAACAGUAUCAGUCAUGUUAUUCUGCGCGCGUGAUUGGAUACAAAGAAUUUAAUGGAGAAAUGAAAGAUGAAGAAGCUUUUUGUAUGGGUGAUCGCCCGACUUACGCGCUCGAUGAGUUAUCAUCUGAUGAUGACGGUAAUAAUCAAGAACCUGUUAUUGAUGCCGCAUCAUCAUUUGCUCUUACAAAAUAA